AUGGCUGAGGCAAUAGGUAUCGCAGCCGCGUGUCUGGCAUUUGUAGAGGCGGCCAAGUUUACAAUCACAACUAUCGACAGAUUUCGGAAAAGAUCGGAUACCGCUCUUGAGCAUAUCAACACAGUCCGCGACGAGGUGCGAAAUUUGAGCAACGUUUUAGGCUUGAUCCAGCGAAAAGUUUCUCUAGAUAAGAAUGGCACAGUCCGCGAGCCCUUCGACCCUCGCAUCACGCCUAUGGUCAAGAAAUGCCACGAGACGAUCACGCAGGUGCAGGAUCUCGUAUCUGAGUAUGAUAGACUGGGGAAAAAGACUGGGGUAGCGCUUUGGGCUACCCGAGGGCACUCGCAAGCGAAAGAGUUACUGCAGACUUUGAGCGAUGACAAGGCAGGGCUACAGUUUGCCCUCCAAGCCCUCGACGUGGCACUCUCGCGAGACGCUCUUACGAACGGAGAUGAAAUAUUGUCCAAGACGACGGCGGUACUAGACAAGACGGAUAUAACUCACCGUGCAGUUUUAGAUAUGCAGCAGAAGUUUGAGGACCUGCUGAAAGAACACAAGAGGCUGCGAACUUCGCCAUUCCAGGGAGACUAUGAGCAGCGGAGAGAGUGCAUAGACUCGCUAGCCGACCUCGCCGCAUCAUUCGUCGAUUCGUACGAUUUAACGAGCCCCGAGUCCUCCAUCAUGAACUUCUCGACAAUUGGACUUUGUCCCUCCAGAAGUCUGAGCCCCUUGCAACGAAGCCGUUCCUUCGGGACCCCCCUUGACGAGAUACUCCAUAGUCCCCAGGUACCGGCUGCAACCACAUCUUCGACCCCUAGCCCUAGCAGGACGAAAUCCGCACGUCGCGCUGCUUCGUCGGAAUCUGCGAGGAUUCCGCUCUCGGAAGGUUUCACAACCUGGUCCACCACGCAGUCUUGGAUGAAACCAGACAGGGAGCUGAUCAGGGAAUCAGAAAGAGCGAGGAGAAACCUAUCGCUAAAGAAGCGAGCCGCAUUAGACGAACAACUACGUCAAAUAAGUGGUACGACAAAGCCAGGGCACCUGAUGGUAUUACUAAAGGGCGGUGCCUCUGCUGACGCCACGACUACACCUUCUAGUGACCGGUCGCCAGCAUCACCACUUUACCGGGCCAUCUUUCAUCGCAAUUACCCAUGUGCGAAGGUGCUGCUAGCAUAUGGCGCCGAUCCAGACGCGGUCGUUGGGGAUAGAAGCUAUAUGCAACUCGCCGUCAGAAAUGGCGACACCGAAGCGGCGAAACUACUAUUCCGGGCAGGCACUCGUCAGAAGCUCUUAGAGGCCAUGAAUGAUGCCGUGUCCAAGGAGAGCACCACGAUGGUCAAGCUUCUGUUGGAGAACAAUGUCACUCCAGAUCAGUCUUCGCUGAAGCUUGCUGUUUCGCGCAGUCAUGUCGAGCUCACACGGAUGUUACUUGACAGGGGCGCUGUCCCGGACAUUUUAUGUCUCAAGAAGGCGAUCAGUUUGUCUGUCCCGAAGAUACUGCGACUCCUCCUCGACAGUGCCACAUCCUUCGCUCGAAAGGCCAGCUCCAUACCUAACAGAAUCUUUCUCAAGGUCACAACACAUAUACCAGAGCUUUUGCGUAAGGUCUCUAAGCAACUGUCGAAAGCGGCCUCGCUCAAGGAUGUGGAUUCCACCUCGUCGAUGUUCAAAAUGCUUCUCAAACAUGGCUCCCGGGAUGAGAUACGCCGACUGGGCACACGGCUUAGUCUCCUUAACCACGCGAUAUCCAUGCCUUUUAAGACACCCGGAACGUCCAUGCAGGAUCCGCUACAUAAGGCCCAUCAAGACAUGUGCAGGAACAUCUUGCACGCUGGUAUAGAGGCCAAUGCAGGUGGCUCAUGCGACGUUGAAGAGGUGGCACACACUCCAGUAUCCUGUGCCAUCCGGCAUCAAGUCCCCUUACUCCCUGAUGCGAGCUGCGUGACUGAGACAGUCCACCUGCUUCUUGAUAAUGGAGCCUCAGUAAACCAGCCAAGCCCUCAAGGACGUCCACUGCUGCUCGCGGCACGAAAGGGACACGAGCAGGUGGCAUCAUUAUUACUGACAUCGGGAGCCGAAUACAAUCCAUUAGCCGAUAAUGAAAGCCUUCGGGUCCUUGAGGAAUCCGUGUAUCGUGACUGGACCUCAGUAACCUCGACACUUCUCAGACGCAGCCCCUCCCUGCCUCUUGCGUUCGUGGAUAACAACAGCCAGGCCUUCCUCACGGCAACGAUCAAGUCCAAAAACGAGCCACUCGUGACGCAGCUUCUGGAAGCCGGGUUCAAACCUCAGACAGGUGUGAUGAAGCUAGCUAUCGACAACAAUCUAGGUAGCGUUAUCCCCAAUCUACUCGCGUCCAUCACCUCGGAUGGCUUGGAGUACCGUCGAUUCUUAGACCAAGGCCACAACAUGGUCUACAAGGCAAUCAUGCACCGGAAUGGAGAGGUGGCGACCGCUAUCCUCCAGUCGCCGAUUCAAUGCGGUACAAACACCCUGACCAUGGCCGUCAGAUACGGCAUGACAAACACAGUGCGGUCGCUUUUGUCCAAUGGAGUAUAUAUCCGGCGCGACGACGGGCCGCACGCUCUUCGUACGUGUAUCCAUCGGUGCAUAGACAUCGCUGCGGAGAACUGCUCGUAUCACAUGCUUGACGUCCUCUGGAAUUUCUUAUCAGAACACCGCUUCCCUUUGCCUCUCCAAAUACUAAGAAAGGCUGUGAGAGGAACCAACGCCGAGUUGGUCGCAUUUCUUCUGACAGGGAAGUUUCCUUUCGACCUCCAGCUACUAGAAGAGACGUCGAAUGUCGAAAUGAUGAUCUGCGUCUGGAAGAAGGCUGCCGAAACGUCCUCCCUAUACGGUGACACCCGAUAUCUAUUCCCACGGGAGCCAUCGACGCCCUCAUUUCUACGAAAGGCCGUACGCACCGGUAACAUAGAGAUAAUCGACUCCAUGUUCACCGCUGCUCAGCGAAGGCAUAAACGCGGUCUCUGGGGGUUUAUCACACUCCAACUCGCCUUCACAGAUCCACGAGUCUCCGAGGCCACACAGCAAUACCUGUUACAGCACGCAUCAAACCGCGCCGGGGCCCUCGUCUUCGCCGCCGAGCGCCAGCUGCGCGACAGCAUCGAGAAGUUCCUGGACGACGGGGCCGAUCCUAACUGGGGCAUCCGCGACUUCGCCCCAUGGCAUUGUCCCACCGACAACCCCGUCUGCGGGUUCCCUCUGAUUUACCACGCUAUCAUGCAGUGCGACACGCACUGGGUCAAGGACCUCAUCAGUGUGGACAAGGUCCGGGUCAACGACGUCUACUGCCGGCAGCCCGUGGUCUCUUUCGCCGACGUGCGCGUCGAGUCGCACUACUGGACGCCGCUACACAUGGCCGUCGUGCUCUUCACCAGCAGCCACCGGCGGGGCCCGCGGCUGGAGACGAGGCUGGAGUUCAUCGCGAGGCAGGACCGCCUGCGCAAGAUCAUACGCGACCUGGUCAACGGCGGCGCCGACCCCAAGAUCAUGGUGGGCAUGUGGAUCCGGUCGGAGCGCAACGCGCGCCCAAGGCAUGUCUCGCCGGAAGAUCUGGUCAGGAAAUUGUAUCCUAGGAAGUUGUUUCCGACCUGGGGCGGCAGUACGAGGAGCAGGUUACUAGCUGCUUUGGCUGAGUGA